AUGACAACAACCACCACUACCAUGCACAACCUCACUACCAUCACCACCAAUAAACCCACCGUAGCCUUCACCACUCCACCAAACUACGCCACCAGACUUUCCCACCUCUUAACUCUCAAAUCCUUCACUCCGUUAUGGUGCCCUACCAUCACGACCGAACCCACCCAACAGACUCUCUCCUCUCUAGCCCUCCAUCUCUCCCCUCACUCCCUCUCUCUCCUCUCCGCCAUUGCCUUCCCUUCCCGCACUGCCAUCACCGCAUUCUCAACCGCUGCUCUCCCCCUCACAACCCCUCUCCUACCUCCUCGCGAGGACACAUUUAUCAUCGCGGCGCUCGGCAAAGAUGUAGAACUGAUAGACUUAACUUUCUUGCUUAAUUUUUGUGGUGAUGAUAUCAGCAGGGUGAACGUGUUAGUUCCAACAAUAGCAACACCUAGCGGGCUCGUCCAGUUGCUUGGAACUGGACGAGGCCGGAAGGUGUUGUGUCCAGUCCCACGAGUGGUAGGACUGGAGGAGCCUCCGGUUGUUCCUGAUUUUCUCCGGGAAUUGGAAGCUGCAGGAUGGGUCCCAAUUAGAGUUGAUGCGUACGAGACGCGGUGGUUGGGACCCGCCUGCGGGAAGGGAGUUGUGGAGUUGAGUGAGGGGGGAUUGUUGGAUGCGAUGGUGUUUACUAGUAGUGGAGAAGUGGAGGGGUUAUUGAAGAGUUUGAGAGAGUUUGGGUGGGACUGGGAGAUGGUGAGGAGAAGGUGGCCUCAUUUGGUGGUGGCAGCACACGGGCCGGUGACCGCCGCAGGAGCUGAGAGGUUGGGAGUGACUGUUGAUGUUGUGAGUGGAAGGUUUGAUAGUUUUCAAGGUGUUGUGGACGCGGUUGAAGCCAAGUUAAGAGGUUUGGAUUCUAGCUGUAUGUGA